ACGCUGUUUGGGGAGGGCGAGGCCGAAACCUGAUCCUCCAGUCCGGGGGUUCCGUUAAUGUUUAAUCAGAUAGGAUCGUCCGAUGGGGCUCUGGUGGCGUGAUCUCCGCGCCCCAGGCUUCAAGCACCCACACCCCAGAUUUCUGCAGUGGCGUCGAGGCGCGCAGGGUUGCAGGUGGGUGUAGCCGCUCAGUUCAGGGUCUGAGCCUGGAGGAGUGAGCCAGGCAGUGAGACUGUCUUGGGCUGGGACGCGUCGUUGCAGCGCACAGCUCCCAGCCAGGACGUGGCGCGCCCCUUCGCACGCCCUGCCCCUGAACUCAAGCUUCUGCACAGUCCUCCCCGCCGCAAGGCACAAGGCGCCGCGGGCGUGGAUCGCGCACAGCUUCUAGGUCUCCUUGCCAGGACUGCAACCUCUCCUUUGGCCCUGAUGGGCACCGUCAGCUCCAGGCGGCUGUGGUGGUCGCUGCCACUGCUGCUGCUGCUGCUGCUCCUGGGCCCCUCAGGCGCCCGUGCGCAGGAGGACGACGACGGUGACUACGAGGAGCUGGUGCUAGCCUUGCGCUCCGAGGAGGACGGCCUGGCCGACGCGCUCCAGCACGGAGCCACCGCCACCUUCCACCGCUGCGCCAAGGACCCCUGGAGGCUGCCCGGCACCUAUGUGGUGGUGCUGAAGGAAGAGACCCACCGCUUGCAGACAGAGCGCACCGCCCGCCGCCUGCAGGCCCAAGCUGCCCGCCGGGGAUACCUCAUCAAGCUCCUGCAUGUCUUCCACGACCUUCUUCCUGGCUUCCUGGUGAAGAUGAGCCGCGACCUGCUGGAGCUGGCCCUGAGGUUGCCCCAUGUCUACUACAUCGAGGAGGACUCCUCUGUCUUUGCCCAGAGCAUCCCAUGGAACCUGGAGCGGAUUACCCCUGCGCGGUACCGGGCGGAUGAAUACCAGCCUCCCAAUGGAGGCAGCCUGGUAGAGGUGUAUCUCCUAGACACCAGCAUACAGAGCGGCCACCGGGAAAUUGAGGGCAGGGUCAUGGUCACUGACUUUGGGAGUGUGCCCGAGGAGGACGGGACCCGCUUCCACAGACAGGCCAGCAAGUGUGACAGCCACGGCACCCACCUGGCAGGGGUGGUCAGCGGCAGGGACGCUGGUGUGGCCAAGGGCGCCAGCCUACGCAGCCUACGCGUGCUCAACUGCCAAGGGAAGGGCACGGUCAGCAGCACCCUCAUAGGCCUGGAGUUUAUUUGGAAAAGCCAGUUGGUCCAGCCCGUGGGGCCGCUGGUGGUGCUGCUGCCCCUGGCGGGUGGGUACAGCCGGGUCCUCAACGCCGCCUGCCAGCGCCUGGCGAGGGCUGGGGUUGUGCUGGUCGCCGCUGCUGGCAACUUCCGGGAUGAUGCCUGCCUCUACUCCCCAGCCUCGGCUCCGGAGGUCAUCACAGUUGGGGCCACCAAUGCCCAGGACCAGCCAGUGACCCUGGGGACUUUGGGGACCAACUUUGGCCGCUGUGUGGACCUCUUUGCCCCAGGGGAGGACAUCAUUGGUGCCUCCAGCGACUGUAGCACCUGCUUUGUGUCUCGGAGUGGGACAUCACAGGCCGCUGCCCAUGUGGCUGGCAUUGCAGCUAUGAUGCUGUCUGCCGAGCCGGAGCUCACCCUGGCCGAGUUGAGGCAGAGACUGAUCCACUUCUCUGCCAAAGACGUCAUCAAUGAGGCCUGGUUCCCUGAGGACCAGCGGGUACUGACCCCCAACCUGGUGGCCGCCCUGCCCCCCAGCACCCAUGGGGCAGGUUGGCAGCUGUUUUGCAGGACUGUGUGGUCAGCGCACUCAGGGCCUACGCGGAUGGCCACAGCCAUGGCCCAGUGUGCCCAAGAUGAGGAGCUGCUGAGCUGCUCCAGUUUCUCCAGGAGUGGGAAGCGGCGGGGCGAGCGCAUCGAGGCCCAAGAGGGCAGGCAGGUCUGCCUGGCCCACAACGCUUUUGGGGGCGAGGGUGUCUACGCCAUUGCCAGGUGCUGCCUGCUACCCCAGGCCAACUGCAGCGUCCACACAGCUCCACCAGCUGGGGCCGGCAUGGGGACCCAUGCCCACUGCCACCAGCAGGGCCACGUCCUCACAGGCUGCAGCUCCCACUGGGAGGUAGAGGACCUUGGCACCCACAAGCCGCCUGUGCUGAGGCCAGGAGGUCAGCCCGACCAGUGCAUGGGCCACAGGGGGGCCAGCACCCACGCUUCCUGCUGCCAUGCCCCAGGUCUGGAAUGCAAAGUCAAGGAGCAUGGGCUCCCAGCCCCUCAGGAGCAGGUCACUGUGGCCUGCGAGGAGGGCUGGACCCUGACCGGCUGCAGUGCCCUCCCUGGGACCUCUCAUGUCCUGGGGGCCUAUGCCGUAGACGACACAUGUGUGGUCAGGAGCCGGGACGUCAGCACCACAGGCAGCACCAGUGAAGAGGCUGUGGCAGCCGUUGCCAUCUGCUGCCGGAGCCGGCACCUGGCGCAGGCCUCCCAGGAGCUCCAGUGACAGCCCCACCUCAGGACAGGUGCCUGGGGAGAGUCAGGGGCUGAGAUUUCAAAUGGUUCCGACUUGCCCCUACCUCAGCCUUCCAUGGCCUGGCCCGAGGGGGCGGGGAUACUUACACCUUCCUGGAGCUGCUGGCCUGGCCCUUGUGUGGGGCAGGCCCCUUGCCUGGAACUCACUCAUUCUGGAUGCCCCCUCCUCUGGUGGAGGUGCCAGGAAGCUUCCUCCCUCGCUGUGGAGCAUUUCACCAUUGAAACGGUGGAGCUGUGCUCAGGUUCUGCCAGCUGCUCCCAACAUGCCGACGCCUGUGGGCAGAAUGACUUUUAUUGAACUCUUGUUCCGUGCCAGGCAUUCAAUCCUCCAGUCUCCACCAAGAAGGCAGGAUUCUUCCCAUGGGAAGGGGAGGAGGUGGUAGGGGCUGCAGGGACAAGCAUUGUUGGGGGGUGAGUGCUCACUGUGGGGAAGCCCCUUAGGGCUCCCUGAUUAAUGGAGGCUCAGCUUUCUGGAUGGCAUCUAACCAGAGGCUGGCGACUGACGUGUCCCUGGUGGUCAUGGACUGUGCCUUGGUUUCCUGAGCCACCCUUACUCUGUUCUGUGCCAGCUUGUGCUAAUACCCAAGGGGUGGCCUGCAGGGAGCCAUCACCUCGACUGACUCUGCAGUGUGUAGUGGUGCACGUGCCGUCUCAGCCAACCCGCUCCACUACCCGGCAGAGUACACAUUUGCACCCCCACUUUACAGAGGAAGAAACCUGGAACCAGAGGGGGCAUGCCUGCCAAGCACACAGCCAGGAAGUGAGCUGGAAAACCCAGACUGCACUGGCUCUGAAGCCAAGCCUCUUCUUACUUUACCUGGCUGGGCACCUCAUUUGUACAGGUAACAGUGAGGCUGGGAAGGGGAACGCAGACCAGGAAGCUCGGUGAGUGAUGCCUGCAGGCACGGCACUUUUCCCGUUAUCACCUCGACCUGAUUCACUGUGGCCUGGUGGAGAAGCUUCUAAGGGAUGGGGCGGGCGGAGAGAGACAACGGUCCCUCCUUGAGCACCAGCCCCCCCAGGCAGGCAGACAUUUAUCUUUUGGGCCUGUCCUCUCUGUUGCCAUUUUACAGCCAGCUUUUCUAGACCUGUUUUGCUUUUGUAACUUGAAGUUAUUUAUUCUGGGUUUUGUAGCAUUUUUAUUACUAUGGUGACUUUUUAAAAUAAAAAACCAACUUUGUCCUGA